UUGCUCCUGCAAACUAGAAAGAUGUAAGAAUUGUCGUGACAUGACUCCAAGGAAAUUUCCUGAGGAAUACUUCUUAACAUCCAUGCUCCGGUAUCCUGUUCACAGUGUAGUGAAACAACGGAACGUGAAAUGUUAUCAAACCACAAAGAUGAAAAUUGCACACAGCGGAUUUCAAGAGAUUUCAGUUGGAAAUUCUGCUCUUGUGUGGUACAACAUGGUUGAACAAGGUCUUGUUAAAGAACAAGUGUUUUCAUUCCGGCUCAACGGUAAAGCAGAGGAGGAAGAGGAGGGUGAAAUUGUCCUUGGUGGUGUAGAUCGCAAUCAUUACAAGCGCAAGCUCACAUAUGUUCCUGUGACAAGCAAGGGUUAUUGGCAGUUUGGGUAUAAUUCUUUCUUAUUUGGGAAUCAUUUGCUUGUCUACCUAAGGCUAGCUUUGGGGAUUGCUAGACGAUUUUUGUGCAGCUACAACACCUGGUAUGAUCCAGAGUAUGGGAAAAUGGUUGACAUGACUUGCUACACUAUAGAUGUUAAUUCGCAAGCCAUGGUAGAAAUAAAGUUUCUAUUAGUGCUCUUAAUCUUGAGGACAAGAUUCUUUAACGGGGGGAGAAUGUCAGGAGCUUGGGGUGUGAUGAGCGAGGUCAACCAUGAGCAAAGAAUGAAGGGGUGAAGACAACAAAAAGGAUGGGGACGCUAUGCUGUGGAGUUUUACUUUUAUUGAAGCUUUGCGUUUUAUCCUUGCUGGUUGUUAGUCUAUCCCACGUGUCCUGUAGCACGGCAGUGUUAGCAAUGGAGUCUGUUGGAGGGUUGUUAUCGAUUUUGUAUAUUCAUAUAAAUAGGAGAGGAAAGAAAGAGGGAAGAUUAUUCUGAAUUGUAAUCUCUGG